GCAGGAAAUGAACACAGCAAAUCAAGAAGAUCAACCCUGCAUAAUUUCUUUCUUUUUCAGUAAAAGAUUUCAACUGAGAAAUGGAGGCGCACAACACCGCUAGGGUACCUGUUGUGGCAAUGCUUCUUCUGAUCAUUGCUUCAGCAAUAGGGCUGGCCAAGGCAAACAAUGAACAUGCCAUCUGUGGCAUGAGCACUGAUGAUUUGUUCGCGUGCCGCUCCGCCGUCAUCGGCCCAGCUGCUCUGCCGCCUUCCUCAGCCUGCUGUGCCGCCCUCGAGAAGGCGGACCUGCCGUGCCUCUGCACUUUCAAGAACAACAAGGUUUUGCCUGCUCUUGGGAUAGACCCUGCCCUCGCCAUGCAGCUCCCUGCCAAGUGCAAUAUUCUCCAGUCCUUCCACUGCUGAUAAAAUGUUGAUCAAGUGCAUGCUCUGUACUGUUAUAGCUAGUGUUUUUCUCAUUGUGUUGCAUGCUUUUAAUUUACUGCUACCUGUUGUUUUCCUUUGUUUUCCUUGCUCGUUGUGUGUGAUCAUUUGAUUAAAAGUUUGUAUGAAUGAAUUUUUCAUUUCAGUGCUUCUA